GGGGGCUGUUGUCCUGCAGCAGCAGCAGCAGUGCCUGUAAUUGCUAAACUGGGGCUGGCCUUCCAUAGGCCUCUACCCCGGGAUGGAGGGAGAUCAAUAGGUGGUCCUGGGUGCAAAUCAGGGGCUGCCUUGCCCUCUUCUUGCAGCCUCUCCUCGUCUGCAGAAGCGGUGAGAGCCUUUCCCUCCUAUUCCCUAUAGGAAGGGAAGAUGGCUUUGCCCUGGAAUAAAGUUCUGCCUGCUCUGCUCUCGUUUCUCUUGCUGUUCCUUUGGCUCCCGAACCCAAGCGCUUCCCAACAAGAGCCCUGCCAAACCUGCAGGGACCUUGCCAGCAACUUCCAUAAGGGUCUGGAGCGGACACAGCGAGAGAACUUCGGGGGCGGGAACACAGCCUGGGAAGAAGAGAAACUUGCAAAAUAUGCAAACAGUGAAACACGUCUGUUAGAGGUCCUGGAAGGUGUAUGUGCCACAUCAGACUUUGCCUGUCACCAGCUGCUGGAGCAGAGCGAGGACCAUGUGGAGCGAUGGUGGUUCCAUGAGCAGCAACAGCACCCAGACUUCUUCCAAUGGCUCUGCAUGGAUGCACAGAAACUCUGCUGCCUGCCAGGCACUUAUGGUCCUGAUUGCCACACUUGCCCCGGGGGUGCCCAGAAGCCUUGCAGUGGGUAUGGGCAAUGUGAUGGGGAUGGCACCCGUGGGGGCACCGGCCUGUGCAUGUGCCAGACAGGCUACGGUGGCCCUUUCUGCUCAGAAUGUGGAGACGGCUACUACGAAGCUGCUCGCAACGACAGCCACCUGGUAUGUGCGGAGUGCUACAGAGCGUGUGGACGCUGUUCGGGGCCUGAGGACUCAAGUUGUUUGCGCUGCAAGCGGGGUUGGAUGCUACACGACCGGAGAUGCAUUGACAUAGAUGAAUGCGGCACAGAAAUGGCACACUGUCGGGCCAACCAGUUUUGUGUCAACACUGAAGGAUCCUACGAGUGUCGAGAUUGCGCCAAGGCUUGCAUUGGCUGCAUGGGCGCUGGGCCUUCUCGCUGCAAGAAAUGCAACAAGGGUUAUCGGCGUGACGGUGUCAAAUGCCUCGAUGUUGAUGAAUGUGCCGGGGAAGUGGAGGAACCUGUGUGCACCGGUGCGAACGAGGCUUGUGAAAACAAUGACGGCGGCUAUCGAUGUGUUUGUGCGGAGGGAUAUGUGCGCAAAGAUGGGGUCUGUGUGGAAGAUAAGCCUCCAGAUGCUCCAGAGAAAGGCUUUUUUGAUGACAUCACAGACGAUGAGGUGGUUGUGCUGCAGCAGAUGUUCUUUGGUGCCAUAAUCUGUGCGUUGGCCACGCUGGCUGCCAAAGGCGAUAUGGUCUUCACGGCCAUCUUCAUUGGCGCCGUGGCCGCUAUGGCUGGCUACUGGCUGUCGGAGCGCAGUGACCGUGUGCUGGACGGCUUCAUAAAGGGCAGAUAGUGGUGGCGAAGUGGAUGCCUUCCAUUCUGCUUCCUGCCUCAGAGGGCCAGUUUGGGGGUGGGGGGCAAGAACUCUGUGACGCCUCUCCAUUCGCUACCCUUUACCCUUGCAAGGCUCUGAAAAUGUCGGAGGAAGAGCAGGAAGGACCGUCCUGUAUCCCAAUCUGGGUUGUGUGAAGCCUUGGCCUCGCAUGCUCUGAAGAAAGGAGGAGAAAUGGGAGAAGCAAAGCAUGCUUGCCUGCUCUGCUGUUGGCCAAGGGGAGGGUUUCUGAUACACAUUAGAAUAAACUAUUGCAUUAUUAUAAUUGAUAUAGGCACGACCACUUUACAUGGCACUUGUCAAGUAUAGUCAACCUUCCGCAUUAACUGGGAUCACGGCACAAGACCCCCUGUAAAAGUGAGAAAAUGCAAAUUUAAAUAAUUGCUUUUUUUUCAACUGAAAUGACACCUUCCAAGGUAUCUCAAGUGAUCCUCCAGCACAUCUCUAUGAUCAAGUUCCACUGGAUUAUACUGGAGAACUGGUGCAGUGGUGUUCAAACUUCUGCCCCCUUCAGGCAUUUGGGAAUCCAGCUCCCAGAAGCCCUGGCCAGCUUGUCCAAUGCUCCGUAAUCCUGGGGGCUGAAGCCCAAAACAUCUGGAGGGACCAGAGGUUGGACACCACUCACCAAGAGCUUUCUAGUUUUUCUCUCUAGUUCAUCUGUGUAACUUUAUGGUUGACUUCCAUCUCAUUGCACUGGAGGACCUAGAGCAGUGGUUCUCAACCUGUGGGUCCCCAGAUGCUUUGGCCUUCAACUCCCAGAAAUCCUAACAGCUGGUAACCUGGCUGGGAUUUUGGGAAGUUGUAGGUCAAAACAACUGGGGACCCACAGGUUGAGAACCACUGACCUAGAGCUUCUUAGGUCUUCUUUCUAUGAUUCUCUCAGCCUAUCAAUGUGAAUGAUUGAUCAGUGUCUGGUAGACAUUGACCCUAGAGUUGCACUUGAGGACCUAGAGAUUCCCAGAGAGAAUACUGUAAACAAAUCUGCAAAUAUCUAACUCACAUAUGAGGAGGAAUAACUAAAAGAUCAACCAAAAACCAUAGUUCCCUGCUCUGAGGUUUACAGUUAUGAAACAAAAAAGGAAUGGCAAUGUGGGAAGGAAUUUAAUCUAGUCGGUACUGCCUCCUUUUCUCCCCCUCUGAGGCCAGGGCAGCGGUGGUGGGAGGGCCUUCCAUCUGCACCUGGACCUGAAGGAGCUGUUGUCCACUGAGUAAUUAUUAAAAUUUGGCCAAUAAAAGCCUGCCUCCUGGA